AGGGAACUCCCUUUCUUGUGACAUCCAGUGGGCCCUUGUAUGUAGUGAGAACCUAGCUAGGUCCCGCCAUCGGUUCUCCAGACAGCAGAACCUUAUAAGCUGUGGCUCUGAGGUGCAGCCGGCCCAACCGGAGGGACGGACUCGGCGGACCGGGGGGCGGGGCGGGGGCGGAGACGCCGCGUAGGCUGGGCAGGCCGGGCAGCGGGGCUUUGAGCCAGAGCCCCAUGUCCUGCUGUGUCCCGCCACGAUGUUGCCCUCCCGGAGGAAAGCGGCGCAGCUGCCCUGGGAGGAUGGCAGGGCCAGGUUGCUUCCUGGAGGCCUCCGCCGGAAAUGCUCCAUCUUCCACCUCUUCAUUGCCUUUCUCCUGUUGGUCUUCUUCUCCCUGCUCUGGCUGCAGCUCAGCUGUUCUGGAGAUAUGGCCCAGGUGACCAGGGGACAAGGGCAAGAGACCUCGGGUCCACCCCGGGCUUGCCCUCCAGAGCCGCCCCCUGAGCACUGGGAAGAAGAUGAGUCCUGGGGGCCCCACCGCUUGGCAGUGCUGGUGCCCUUUCGUGAGCGCUUUGAGGAGCUGCUGGUCUUUGUGCCCCACAUGCACCGCUUCCUAAGCAGGAAGAGGAUCCAGCACCACAUCUAUGUGCUCAACCAGGUGGACCAUUUCAGGUUCAAUCGGGCAGCACUCAUCAAUGUGGGCUUCCUGGAGAGCAGCAACAGCACAGACUACAUCGCCAUGCACGAUGUGGACCUGCUCCCUCUCAAUGAGGAGCUGGACUAUGGCUUCCCGGAGGCUGGGCCCUUCCAUGUGGCCUCCCCAGAGCUCCACCCUCUCUACCACUACAAGACCUAUGUGGGCGGCAUUCUGCUGCUGUCCAAACAGCACUACCAGCUGUGCAACGGAAUGUCCAACCGCUUUUGGGGCUGGGGCCGAGAGGAUGAUGAAUUCUACCGGCGCAUCAAAGGAGCUGGCCUCCAGCUUUUCCGCCCCUCGGGAAUCACAACUGGGUACCAGACAUUUCGCCACUUGCAUGACCCUGCCUGGCGGAAGAGGGACCAAAAACGCAUUGCGGCUCAAAAACAGGAACAGUUCAAGGUGGACCGGGAGGGAGGCCUGAACACUGUGAAGUACCGGGUGGAUUCCCGCACGGCACUGUCUAUAGGAGGGGCCCCGUGCACUGUCCUCAAUGUCAUGCUGGACUGCGAUAAAACAGCCACCCCAUGGUGCAUAUUUGGCUGACAGCUAAACUGUAAGGAAGCUUCCAGACCUCAGUGCUGCUCAGGCUCAGGAAACCUCAGGCCUUUGGCCCAGCUCAGGAGGAUGCAGAGAGGCCUGAAGGAGUUGCCAGCCCAUCGGCGUCUUCAGCAACCUGGCCCCCAGAGCCAGGCCCAAGACAGAACACAGGUAGACCCUGGGAUGCUGCUGAAGGUAUGGCUCUUGACUGACCUUCUCCUCCUGGCCUCCUGCCUGCCCUGCUCUGCCUGCCCUGCUGUGUGUGCUGAGGCCUGAGGCAGUGAGAAGGUGGCCAGGACGGCCUCAGCAGGGACAUACUGCUCCGCUGCUCCUCUGGAAGAACAGACUCACAAAGAUGUAGUCAGAAGUCAUGUGACCAGUGUGUACAGCCGCUGCUACUAGGAGGCUUAGGACAUCAGAAGGCAGAACACAAGCCCGGGUGAAGGAGCGGCUGAUAUAGCUGUAAUUGGUGCCACCACAGCAAAACCGGAGGAACCAGGGCACAAGAUCUCAAUUUUCAAAAGAAACUAGAAUGCUGGAUUCUUUUCUUUUUUUUUUUUUUUUAAAGAUUUAUUAUUAUGUAUGAGUACGCUGUAGCUGUCUUCAGACACACCAGAAGAGGGCAUCAGAUCUCAUUGCAGAUGGUUGUGAGCCACCAUGUGGUUGCUGGGAUUUGAACUCGGGACCCUUGGAAGAGCAGUCAGUGCUCUUAACCGCUGAGCCAUCUCUCCAGCCCUGAAUGCUGGAUUCUUAAGCAGAAUUUUUUCUUUUGUUUUUUUAAAUGGCAGCAGUUAACUAAAGCUUUGAAAAUCUGUGGCAGGCCAAACAAAAUAUGUUUUUUUGUUUGUUUGUUUUUUGAGACAGGGUUUCUCUGAUAGCUCUGGCUGUCUUGGAACUCACUUUGUAGAUCAGGCUGGCCUCGAACUCAGAAAUUCGCCUGCCUCUGCCUCCCAAGUGCUGGGAUUAAAGGCGUGUGCCACCACCUCCUAGCUCAAACAAAAUGUUUUAUGGUUCACUGGUUUGUCACCUUUGGUUGACCAAAGGGGGAUGAAAUAAAAGACGAUGCUCUCAGUUA